GCAUCUCUGAAGCAAGCAUUUUAUUUUCUUGUCAUUUGAUUUCUGGAAUCGCAAUUUUACUGACGCUUUUCAAAGUUUUUCAUUCCAUUCUCGUGUUGUCUCGAUCAAUUGAGUAUAAUAAAAAUGAUGGGUGAUAAAAGUGACCAAAGUAUCAUGGAUAAAUCCAUGCGAUCUGUCUUUGUCGGAAAUAUUCCUUAUGAAGCAACAGAGGAGAAACUAAAGGAUAUUUUCAGUGAAGUUGGUCCAGUAAUAUCUUUGAAGCUCGUAUUUGAUCGUGAGAGCGGCAAACCGAAAGGGUAUGGUUUCUGUGAAUAUAAAGAUCAAGAGACGGCUCUCAGUGCUAUGCGUAAUCUCAAUGGUUACGAAAUCGGGGGCCGUGCUUUACGCGUGGACAAUGCGUGUACCGAGAAAUCGCGAAUGGAAAUGGCAGCUUUGCUUCAAGGACCACAAAUUGACAAUCCUUACGGAGACCCAUGCGAUCCUUCGCAAGCGCCGGAAAUAAUUACGAAAACGGUGGUUUCUCUUCCACCUGAGCAAAUGUACGAGUUGAUGAAACAGAUGAAAACCUGUUUCCAAAACAACCCUGUAGAGGCAAGAGAUCUAUUGUUAAAGAAUCCACAACUAGCUUAUGCCCUUCUGCAGACACAAGUAGUUAUGAGAAUUGUUGAUCCGGCAUCGGCAGUGAAUUUCCUUCAUAAAUCGAAUCAGAUGCCUCCCAUUUUGAUGAAUGAUUCAACAACUAUUUCUCCAUCGCAACACUCACCGGCACCAUUGCCAGUUCCAGCCCCAAUGCCGGUACCUCCAGUUGGAGCAUCUGCUUCGUUUGGUGGAAAUGCUGGUCAUGAUGUCGAUUUACGAAAUGUCGAUCCUAGACUAAGUCGACAAAUUAAUUUGGAUCAAGAUAUGCGAUCUUUGGCUGCACCUGGUGGACUAGCGCCGCCGAUGGAAAACAUGGGUGGAAACUUCAAUCAACGUGGAGGUCCUCCCCCACGUCCUAUUGGUCCUCAAAUACCGCCUCAAUCGAAUCCAUUCCCAGUGGAUCCUCGUCAACGACCGGUUGACCCCCGCCAGGGUCCCAAGGACCCACGUCAACAACCAGCUGGAACAAUUAAUGCUGGGGCGCGCUCUGGGCCAUCAGCUUCGGUAGCAUCGUCGGCUGCCGCAGCAAGUGCUGCUGCAGCAGCUUCUUCUAACGGUAUUCCAAAUGAUGCUUCGGAUCAGGAAAAAGCAGCUCUUAUUAUGCAGGUUUUGCAACUUUCGGAUGAGCAAAUUGCUAUGCUACCACCGGAGCAGCGCACCAGUAUACUCGUGUUGAAGGAGCAGAUUGCCAAGAGUACCCAGCGAUAGGAACGACGAAAUAUUCGCUAUUUCAGUUACAGAAAAAGGCAAUCUUAUGUCAAAUACAUCUCAUUGAAAAACAAG